CGCGGGCGCCUAUGCUAGUGUUUCUGGUGGAUGGCUUCGAUCAUACUCAAAAAGCUCGCACCGGGUUUGUAUUGCAUUGCAUCAAGGACAUUUUCGUUGCUCGGCCGUGUCUUCCUUUCGUGGUGCAACGAUGAGAGUAGAGGGGUGGCUGAUUAGCCAAGACCGAGACGCGGGAAAAAGUGAGGAAAUCAUCUGCGUCGAUCUGGAGGUUGACGCGUUAUCGCUCACGCCUGAUACCCUUCUACUACAUGUACAUCGGCAGCAAUAGCACACUUUUGGUGUACUUAAGGGAUACCACUCUGUCUAUAUGUUACAUCCUCUUUGCUUUUGAGUCUUCCUUCGUCAUCCUGUAUUCUUCGAGAGCGUCUGCAUCGCACAAUUCGGCAUUGACUUACCUAGGUAUCACGCAGCGCACCUCCAUGACUCUCUCUCAACACACUGGUUCAGCGACACGGUUGUCUCACGCGAGAUACAAUUCGGCAACGGACGAUGCUGUAGGGCUUGUCUCACACGAUAACAGAAUUCUGGCGUCACCAAAAGGGAGAAACGAUUGAUCAUGAAUGAAAGAGUAUGGCAUUAUAAAUUCGGUUCCUGUGACAC